ACUUCACUCUGUCAUUUUAUUUGUAGCUAAAGCAGCGGCGGGAAUAGCAGCUGCAUUUCUUUUCUCUUUCUCCCUUCACAUUCCAUUAUCAUAGUGCUCCAAUGGAGAAGGAAGGAGUAGCGGGGCCCAGCAGGAUGCCUUGAGACACACGCAGCAUCUGGCGGAGGAUUAACAUACAUACAUGUGUAUGUAUGCGUCACGUAUAUAUUUACUGCAAAUGGUGGGGAUCAUUUAGUGCCCGAGAUGGGAGACCUGAAGUCAGGUUUCGAAGAGGUGGAUGGCGUGAGGCUCGGCUACCUCAUCAUUAAAGGGAAGCAAAUGUUUGCUCUCUCCCAAGUCUUCACAGAUCUGCUGAAAAACAUCCCGAGGACGACCGUGCACAAGCGCAUGGAUCAUCUGAAAGUGAAAAAGCACCACUGCGAUCUGGAGGAGUUGCGGAAACUCAAAGCAAUCAACAGUAUCGCCUUCCACGCGGCCAAAUGCACGCUCAUCUCCCGGGAAGACGUAGAAGCGCUCUACACAUCCUGCAAAACCGAGCGUGUGCUCAAGACCAAGCGAAGGAGAGUCGGUCGGGCCCUGGCCACAAAGGCGCCGCCGCCAGAGCGCGCCGCCGCCGCCAGCCCCCGCCCGGCUUUUUGGAAGGACAAGCACCAACUUUGGCGGGGCCUGAGCGGAGCCGCGCGGCCCCUGCCAAUCAGCGCGCAGUCCCAGCGUCCGGGCGCCGCCGCCGCGCGCCCCGCCGCCCAUCUACCUCAGAUUUUUAGCAAAUACCCGGGCUCCCACUACCCGGAGAUCGUUCGCUCGCCUUGCAAAUCCUCUUUAAACUAUGAAACUGCCCAGCUCCAGGGAAACUACGUCGCCUUCCACUCGGACCCCGCUUAUUUUCGGAGCCUGCUGUGCAGCAAGCACCCGGCUGCAGCCGCCGCCGCCGCCGCCGCCGCUGCUGCUGCCGCCGCCGCCGCCGCCUACUACCAGACUGCCGGGCCUCAGCCCAAGGCGGCGACCGGCGCGGGAGGCCCAGUGAGCCUGACUUACCGCUGCAAGCGCAAGCGCGGGGGCGCCAAGAACUGCCUGCUCCCGCCUCACGCCGGAGCCCGGCGCCUGCUGCUGCUGCCCAGAUCCUACAAAGCCAAGGCGGCGGCGGCGGCAGCAGCGGCGGCUGCUGCUGCGGCGGCGGCGGCCGGGGCCACUUGCUUGGAGAGGUUUCAUCUGGUCAACAGCUUCUGCCCGCCUCCCCACCACCACCAUCACCAUCACCACCAUCAUCAUCACCAUCACCACCGAGCCCAGCAGCCAACGCCGAGUCACCACCCCUCUCAUCACCACCGGCCGCAACCCCAUCUAGGAAGCUUUCCCGAGAGUUGUAGCAGCGACUCCGAGUCCAGCUCCUACUCCGACCAUGCAGCCAAUGACUCGGAUUUUGGCUCCAGUUUGUCCAGCUCCAGCAACUCGGUGUCCUCAGAGGAAGAGGAGGAGGAAGGAGAGGAGGAGGAGGAAGAGGAGGAGGAGGAAGAGGGGGGCAGCGGGGCCUCGGAUUCCAGUGAAAUCAGCUCGGAGGAGGAGGAUUCUUCCACCGAGUCAGACUCCAGCUCCGGGUCCAGCCAAGUGUCAGUGCAGAGCAUCCGUUUCAGGCGCACCAGCUUCUGCAAGCCUCCCAGCGUGCAGGCGCAGGCCAACUUCUUGUACCAUCUGGCCUCCGCCGCCGCUGCAACCAAACCCGCUGCUUUCGAGGAUGCCGGCCGACUUCCCGACCUCAAGAGUAGUGUCAAAGCCGAGUCACCAGAGGAGUGGAGUCUGCAGAGCUGGGCUCCCAAAGGGACUCCGGUGUACUGCCCGGCCAGCUUGGGGAGUUGUUUCCCAGAGAUAAGAAACGAUAGGGUAUCUGAGAUUACAUUCCCACACUCUGAAAUAUCCAGUACUGUAAAGAGAACUGACCUGACAAUUAACUGCCAUGCAGAGGGGGCCUCUUCACCUAGCCCAAAGACAAACAAUGUAUUUCCACAACAAAGAAUACUCCGAGAGGCUAGGAAAUGCCUACAAGCAACUCCUACUACACACUGUGCAGAAAACAGCACAAUAGCUGCUAGGUUCUUAAAUAAUGAUUCGUGUGGAACAACAGCAAAUUCAGGAAAAGAUUCCAAAAUCCCUCAUUGUCCUGAAUUUGCUACGGAUUUACCCUCUCUUCAAAGUGAUCCCAGAGUGGAUACAGCAACAGCAGCAGCAGCAGCAGCAGCAGCAACUAAAGCUGAGAGUCUCUGCACUGGUACAGGUGACAAGACAUUGCCAUUUCUGCACAAUAUUAAAAUCAAAGUAGAAGACAGUAGUGCUAAUGAAGAAUAUGAACCUGAGCUUAUUACAAAUAAGCUAAAGUGGGAGUGCAAUGAUGCCGAGGGUGAGUUUUACAAUAUGACUGAGAAGAAGGAGGAGGACGCCUUGGUACCCACAGCCAAGGAAGGUUUUGCAUGCCCUGAGAAAGAAACGCCUUCCUUAAAUCCACUGGCUCAGAGUCAGGGCCUCUCAUGCACUUUAGGAUCUCCAAAACCUGAGGAUGGGGAAUAUAAAUUUGGUGCCAGGGUGAGAAAAAAUUACCGGACACUAGUACUGGGCAAACGACCAGUCCUUCAGACACCUCCAGUCAAACCAAAUUUGAAAUCAGCUAGAAGCCCUCGUCCUACAGGUAAAACUGAGACACAUGAAGGAACACUGGAUGACUUUACAGUUUUAAACAGACGCAAAAAGGUAGCCAGCAAUGUAGCAUCAGCAGUGAAAAGGCCAUUUAAUUUCAUGGCAAAUUUUCCUUGUCCACCUUCACUCAUUAUUGGGAAGGAUGGGGAUUUGUGGCCAGCGUAUUCCUUAAACACCACUAAGGAUUCCCAACCUCCUCACAAGGCCCAUCCUAUAUGGAAAUGGCAGCUGGGCGGUUCUGCAAUACCUCUUCCACCUAGUCACAAAUUCAGGAAAUUUAAUUCAUAAAAAAAUGUUUUGGAAGAUAUUUUCUCGAACCAUAUUACCUUCCUUUUGUUGUAAACUGCACAGGAUGGCUUGUACCAAGUCCAUUAAUGGUGUUACACCCCUUUUGGAGUCCUGGUUUAUCGCAUUUUGAAGACAAAAAUCGGAUUACUUUUUUUUCCCAUUGCGGGUUGUUUUUUUUUUUUUUUUAUGGUGGGGGAGGGGUGGGAGAAGGGUUGGUUUACAUACCACAGACUACUUCAGGCUAAAGACUCAAGUAACACUCAGUUAUUAUGGUAGAGCUGGAACACUUUACUGUUUCAAUGGUAAUAAUGCACCGGUACCUCAAUUCAACUGCUACAAAUAAAUGUCAAAAGGUUGAAUAAUAAAUAUCACAAUGAGCCAUUAAGUUUAUGCACUAGAUUUCAGACCUGAAAGUGUAACUGGUAUUCAGUGAAAGUUUGUUAGGUUACAUGGUUACACAAUGAGGUAGCAAGAAGUUUCUGUGAGCCCAAAUGUAAUUUUCUGGAGCUCUUAUUUGUGGGGUGUCUUUUUUAUUUUUUUUCUAAACCCAGAUUCCCUUUCCAAUAGUAGUUGCACUUAACUGUUUUUUUGUUUUGUUUUGUUUUGUUUUUUAAUGGAAAGAUUGGGGGUCUGAGUCCUGAUUGGAUGCUGAUUUAAAAGCUGCCCAUUGUGUGAGAAGUAAAAAAAUACUUUUUUUUUUUUAACCUUUACAGUCACUCCUUGCAACUGGAAAAGCCCCUUCUGCGCUCUCACCCAAACAUUUAAAAUAGGAUGACUCUUGCUGUGCUCCUGCUUGUCUUCUGAUCUGAAGAUAACUCUUCAAGCUUUCAAAACAAUUAAAACAUUUCUCUUAAUAGCAGGAUGUUUAAUGGUCUAACUCAUCCUAGUGUCCAAGCAGUAAAUACAACCAAGAAAAAGAGUCAUAACACCCCAAGUGAAAAAUAACUGAUUUCAGGGCUUUUUGGUAUUAGAACUCAGGCACUUGGAUUUUAUUACCUUAUGCUUUUUUUUUUCUGCAUCUCUCUAAACUUCUGUUUCAGGCCAUCCUGUGUAUAGAACAGGAGAGUUUCUACUGCAAGUGACAAUCAGAGGUGACUAUCUAUAUUUGCACUUAAAAUCAAAGUAGUUCCACAGGCAAGUGGUCUAGCCCUUGGUGAGGCCAUGCUGGUGGACUGUGUUGUAAAGAUGAGAGCAGUAAAUCAAAAUUAUGGAAAUUUGCACUGUUGAAAAGCAUGCUUUAGCUUUAUUUUCAAUUAAAAACACUGUUUAAAAUUCCUGGUUCCAUACAUUUCUACUUAUUCCAGAUUGAAGAAGGGUUAACAAGAAUGAAUGGCUUUGUUGACAUUUUCACUUGUAAUGUUUUUGCCUGAAAGAAAUGCAUUUAUUGGGUGCAGUGUUUUGUGGUAAUACUUUGUGAUGAGACCAAUCAGGUUCUGGGCACAACACUGGCAAACUUCCUCUCAAAUAACAGAAAAACUUUUCAAACUUGUUAUAGGCCAACUAUUAAAAAGUUUCAUAUCUAAGAAAGUGAAGCAUAAAUCAGUUGUUAUUUUAACGAAAGUUGUAUCUAGUAAUUUUUGGGUCACCAAAUUAUGUAUCUUAGAUCCUGGUUAUCUUUAGUCUAAGAAGUUGCAUCUACAGACCAUAAAUCACAAAGCAAAACAAAACACCACUAAGAUGUUUACUGUGUGAAUUUAAAGCAUUAUUUCUCAUGGAAAUUCAGCUAUUUAUUUUCCUUAACCUUUUAAUUCCUACCCCCCUUUGAAAUUUUCCCCUUGACUAUAAAUGUUUCAGAUAGUUCUGGAUGGUCUCAGACCUAAUUGCUGUGUAUUAUCUGUGGUUUUCCUCCUGUUGUAAAGGACAGAGGCUGAGAAUACCUGCAUCCAAAUACAUUUGGAUAGAGUGAACAGA